AUGAGUCCAGAGGAGCCCAAAGAAGACGACCAACCCUGUGAUGCAGAAGGAGACUGGACGAACAAGACGACAUGGAGAAAUAAAGUAAGUAAAGUUUGAUGAAUGUGUCUUAUGUCAUUCAAUUGUUGUCUUGGUGUGCUGCUCUAUUGACCUACUAAAGAUUAAUAUUUAGUUAGUGGGCUAUUGUGUAGGUUUACAUUAGGCAACAUAAUUAACACUUGCAGUAAUUCAUUUGCUCAAUGACAAACAGGCAAAAGUCGCCCUGUGCCUUGUUAAAAUAUAACCAAACAGUCUUAUUCAUAUUGUUUGUCUCCUUUUAUUUACCAAUUGCAGCAUCAUGCCUAGAAAGGAGAGGAGAAGAAGGAAACAGAAAGGGAGCUACAGCAGACAGCCCAGGGGAGCAGCUCUCUACUCUCCUGGAUAAAAGCAUCCACCAGCAACAAGGAGGAAGAUGAAGAUGAAGAUAAAAGGUCAGAGUCAAGAGUCAUGUUCACUGUUUCAGGCAUUUUAAAGCUAAGAUGUUGUUCCUCUAAUUUUAUUGAAUCAUCUUAAAAGCUGUACACGUUAUUUAAACUACACAAAGUGGUUUGGCUGUGCUAAAUUAGGCAUUCAGCUAUUUUAGCUCAUUAUAUUAUUUUGUACUAACAAGCUAUUUCUAUGUUUAAAGACUUGCAGUCAUCUUGUAUUUACCUUAACAGGCUAUAUUCAACCUUAGAAAAAUAGACUAUUACUGAAACUGUUAUUAUUCUAUUCUAGACAGCUACAGCAGGGAAGCAGUCGCCCAACGACCAGCAAAGAAGCCCAGAUAGACGAAUCUCCAGAGUCAUCUACAGAUAAAGCAGAGUCCAUAGCAGCACCAAGUCCAUGCACAGAAUCAGAAGUGCUGUCUGAUGACCAAAAUGAGGGCAAACAAGAAAGGCAUGAUGUAUCCGCUGUAUGUCAAAGAAAUGAAAUGUUAAAAAUAAAUAUGUUAAAAUGA